AUGAUUGCAGCAAGGAAGUUCGCGCGAGCCUACUCGUCGGCCACGACCCUCGGAGGCGUCGCCAUCCCGGCCAAGAAGGUCAAGUACGUGCCCACCAGCGGCAAGUACCCCCAGGGCUUCGUCGCCUCCGGUAUCUUCGUCGGCGUCAAGCCGGGCAACACCAGCAAGCCGGACCUGGCCCUCGUGUCGUCCGACCGCCCCUGCGCCGCCGCAGGAGUCUUCACCAAGAACAAGUUCCAGGCCGCGCCCGUCACCUUCAGCCGCAAGCUGCUCCAGCAGAAGGGCAAUGCCGGCCUGCGAAGCGUCAUCGUCAACUCGGGCAACGCAAACGCCGUCACCGGCACCGGAGGUCUCGAGGAUGCCACCAACAUGGCCCACACCACCGACCAACGGGUAGGUGCUGAGGACUCGACCAUCGUCAUGAGUACCGGCGUCAUUGGCCAGAGGCUGCCAAUCCAGAAGAUUGUCGACCACAUCCCCGUGGCGUGGCACCAGGCUGGUGACUCGCACAAGCACUGGCUCAACUGCGCCAAGGCCAUCUGCACCACCGACACUUUCCCCAAGCUCAUGUCCAGGUCCUUUGAGCUGCCUUCGUCACCUGGCGUCGAGUACCGCAUCGCUGGUAUGACCAAGGGGGCGGGCAUGAUUGCCCCUAACAUGGCGACCCUGCUCACCAUUUUGGCCACGGAUGCCCCCAUUGCCCCUGGUGUUAUGCCCAAGGUUCUUCGACACGCUGUUGAUCGCUCGUUCAACUCUAUCACCAUUGACGGUGACACCUCCACUAACGACACCGUUGCUCUCCUGGCCAACGGUGCUGCUGGUGGUAAGGAGGUCACUUCUGAGAAGUCCGCCGACUACGAGGCCUUCCAGGAUGUUCUCACUGAGUUCUCCGCCGACCUGGCCAAGUACGUCGUCCGCGACGGUGAGGGUGCCACCAAGUUUGUGACAAUCCGUGUCGUCGACAGCGCCUCUGAGGAAUCCGCCCGCCAAGUUGCCCGAACCAUUGCCGUCUCUCCUCUCGUCAAGACUGCCCUGUACGGUAAGGACGCUAACUGGGGCCGUGUUCUCUGCGCUGCUGGCUAUGCCCUGAUCUCUCCCCCCGGCCAGGCCAUCAACGACGUCCCCGAGAUCGCCCCCGAGCAAACCAGCGUUUCAUUCAUUCCCGCCGACGGCUCCGCUGAGCUGAAGCUGCUGGUGAACGGUGAACCGGAGCAGGUCAACGAGGAGCGUGCGAGCGAGAUCCUGCAAAUGGAGGACUUGGAGAUCCUGGUCCGAUUGGGCACUGGUGACAAGCAGGCCACACACUGGACCUGCGACUUUAGCCACGACUAUGUCACCAUUAACGGAGACUACCGAACUUAG